AUGACCAGGAGCGACAGUGGCGCGAGUGGUUCCGGACGUGGAGCCUCGGGAGCUACAAGGUCGGCGUCUCCAGCUAAGAGACCUGCAUCGGAGAUGGAGGGCGUAGAGCAAGGAGAGGCAAACGGUGCGCCACAGGUUCGACAGMAGACACCAAAGGCGCCGUCAGGCCUUGCAGCGGAGUAUGAUGCAGCAUCGACAGAGGACUCUGCCAUGUCUGGGAUGACGCCUGCGAGUAAUGCUGUGGAGGAUGCCCAGGACGUAGAUGUUUCCACAUCAAGUGUGGAGGCUUCGUCUACAACCACAGCUGCGUCUAGCACGGAGUCCGUCGCCGUUGGAACACCUGCGGAAAGCGAAGAGAAGCAUCCCGAGCCUACACACAAAGAGCCGUACAACGCGGAGGAGGUCGACGCACAGAUAGCUCAUGUUCGGAAGCUCUCGGAGAAGCCGCUGGACGAAGGCGAUCGAGGUGUCGUCAUCUCAAACAAAUGGCUGCAGCGCGUUCAGUCGCGAAGCACAGAGGGUUUGGGCAAGCGCGGGUUUCCAAAGGAUGCAAGAGAAGGCCCAGUAGGCCCUCUCGAUAACUCAGACAUUACUCCUGAGAAUGCUUUCCAUGAGCCAAUGCAAGACGCGCAGAAGCAGCACUUCAUCCCGCUCAAUCCCGGUUACGCCGUGGGAGCGGAGAUUGAAGUUUUACCAUUUGACGCGUAUGGGUAUAUCGUUGGACUGUAUGGCACGAAACACUCCAAGCCCAUUGUUCGAUACGCUCACAACUCGGCCGAGCCCGGCACUGCCCAAAACAUCAUCUACGAGAUCUAUCCUCCAAUCUUGACCAUUCGCAAAGUGCCUCAACCGCAUAGUCAGAGCGGUACCCCUACCGCUAAGCAGACAACUUUGGUGAAACUCCGGGCGAAGAAGGAGCGGCGUGAAUUGUAUGGGCAGAAUUCUCCAGAUGACGCCGUUCGUAUCAUCACAUCCAGAAGCGAGAAGAUCCAACACUUCAUGACCCGCGCCAAGGAAGCUGUCAGCAUUCCGCGAACCACGAAAGUCAAGGUCUUUCGUUUGCUCGAUCCAGCGAAUGUUGCCGUUGAUUCGCCUGAUACAAGGGCGUCCGGUGUACCCUCGCCGCCUCCGUCGAGGUCGGGAUCUCCUACUCAAGGCUCCAGCACAUCUGUYCCGAAGCUGGUAUUAGACACUGCAACCUUCAACAAGAUGAAAGCUGGAGUGGAGCUCGAACCUGUGGACCUCCAAGACAACACUGCCAAUGACAAGUACAAUGGCAGCAUGGUGCUAGGACCGAUCGUCUUCGAAGAUCAGACGUUGGUGUUUGAGGAGCAACUCGGCGGACCCGGCGGCGGUGAAUUCUCAUCUGACUCCAAGCCAGGGCUGAGGCUUCAACUCCAGAAACCAAGCGGCUCGGCAGCAACGUCUGGUCGUACAAGUCCAGCGCCAACCGGCAUAAUGACCAGAGGCCGACACAAGAAAGGCGGGCGUACGCGUGGCACUGUCGGUCUUAACAAUCUCGGAAACACGUGCUACAUGAACUCUGCCCUUCAGUGCAUUCGAAGCGUAGAAGAGCUCGCAUUGUUCUUCAUGACCAAGAAAUACAAGAAGGAGAUUAACGUCGACAAUCCUCUUGGGCACAACGGGAGAAUGGCACAUGCAUAUUCCAGCGUCAUUGAAGGCAUCUACGGAAGCUCCUCCAGCAGCUCCUUUUCUCCAACAGCGUUCAAGAAAGCAMUCGGAAACGCACAACCAAUGUUUUCGGGUUGGGGACAGCAAGAUUCGCAAGAGUUUUUGAGUUUCCUCGUCGACGCGCUGCACGAGGACCUGAACCGAAUCAAGAAGAAGCCGUACAUUGAAAACCCAGACUCCGACGACGCGACAGUUCAUGAUCCACAAGCCAUUAUUGAACUUGGCGAGACGUAUCGCAACAAUCACAAGUUGAGAAACGACUCUGUUGCGAUGGACCUCUUCAGCGGGUUCUACAAGAACAAGAUGGAGUGUCCUGCUUGCGACAAGGUCAGCGUCACCUUCGAUCCCUUCUCGCUGCUCACAGUGCAGCUUCCAAUCAACGUCAAGAAGGAGCACACCGUGACGUUCUUCCCAAUCCAUGGCAGACCAGUUCGCCAUCGGCUUGACAUCGAUAACAACGCACCCUUCAAGGCUCUGAAGGAGUCAAUCGCAAGCAAACAUCCUGGCGUGGAAGCCAACCGCCUGAUCAUGGCUGAAUUCUUCAAUAACAAAAUCUACAAGCUGUUCGACGAUGCUUCUACGCUGGCCGACGAUAAUAUCGUUAAGAACGAUCACAUCUUCUUCCACGAAGUUGAUGGCGUUCCGACAAAUCCAGCGUUACCCGACAGACCAUACGCCUCGUACUCUGACAAGGAGGCACUGAGGAAGCUGCCCGCAGAUGCCAUGGAAUCGCCGAUGUCUGACUGUUUCGCUGUUCCUAUAUUUCACCAGAUUAAAGGCCCCGGAGAUUGUUGGAAAGUGGCAAUGACUCCCACAUGGAUUACAGUCACUCGCGAGGAGGCGAAGCACUACGACAUCAUCAUGAAAAAGAUUCUCAUUGCGGUGUCAAAGAUGACCAGCAGGCCAAUACUUCGAGAGUUUAGCCAUGAACAAGACUCCAAGGCAGACACCGAGAACGUACGAGAGUCCUCCAGCGCUGACGAUGCUGCGGUUGUUAGCGACACUUCCGAGGACAGCUACGUCAACGUUGAGAUGGGUACGCCAGCGACUGAGAUCACUGACUCGCAAAUAUUGGCGAAUGGUACGAGCGCCAUGCAGAUUGACGAGCGCGACCACACCGUCCCGGAAGAUUUCAUGAACCCCUCAUAUCAUCUGUCACCGGCACUCCGAGACCACCUAUUCGACGUCUAUGUGGGCGGUACUGAUGGUAAAUUGCAUGUCAAAGACGUUCCGAGAGACCGCGACCUGCAAUUGAUGCUCAAGCGUGUGAAGCUAGCUUCGCGGCGAUCGUCUGUGCAAUCUUCCAAUUCGGGUGGGUCCGGUUCGGACGAUGGAUCUGCCGAACAGGGCGACGGCGAGGACGACACCAACGACAGUGAUGGCCCUGACAUUGUUAUGGGCGGAGAAAAGUCACAGCCUGUCAUUGAAGACAGCGAGAGCGACGAUCCGAUAAUUCGCGAUAACGGCCCUGCUUCCUUUGACGGCCAAGCUCGACACGGUCGGGGGAAGAAGCAACGGCAGAAGAACAAGCGGUUUGACAAGAGGCAGCAGAGGCGCCAAAAAGAUCAGCAGCGGAAGAACAAACCCCAGUUUGGCAAUACAUUGCUCAACAACGUUGUUCAGCAAGACGAUGGCCCGUACUAUGUUCRGCUUGGUGAGGCCAUCGUGCUCAACUGGCGGAAAGAAGGAUUCGACUCCUUAUUUGAAGGCGAUUCGCAAGAUCCAAAGGMGAUGCGCGGCCAUCGUACCACCGGCGACGACGGAAUUGGCUGUGACAUGUUCCCCGACCCCGAGCUCAUUGCAAGACGCGCGCAGAUGCAGGCACGUAGGAAGAAUGGUGUUACUCUUGAGGAAUGCUUCACGGAAACUGGCAAGCGCGAGGUCCUCUCAGAGGACAACGCCUGGUACUGCAAUCGCUGCAAGGAGAUGCGUCUGGCUGCGAAGACCCUGGAAAUCUGGACCCUUCCAGACAUACUCGUCGUUCACCUAAAGCGCUUCGGCGGCGCUCGUGGCUCAAGAGACAAGAUUGACGUCCACGUUGACUAUCCAAUCACUGGACUUGACAUGACUGACAAGGUUGGGAGGAAGGAAGACGGCAAGGAGUACAUUUACGAUCUUUUCGCUGUGGACAACCACUACGGAGGUCUCGGCGGCGGCCACUACACAGCAAUGGCCAAGAACUUCAACGACGGCGAGUGGUAUGAUUACAACGACUCUUCUUGUAACCGGAUCAGCAACGAGGACAAGGUGCACUCUGCCGCUGCUUACUUGUUGUUCUACCGUCGUCGAUCGGACAAACCACUCGGGCCUCAAUACCUUCAGGAUCUGGUUACAGACUUCCACGCAGCCAGAGACUCCGCAAAUGAAGAUGAAUCUGAUUCGGGGGAAGGGAAGCUCGGCGGCCUGCCUCGCUCACAGCAUGGGUCGUCGAGCGCUUUAGCCGGAGUCGGAGCCGGGGUGAUGAGCAGCCAGGACAGCAGAGGAGGUGGUGGAGCUGGUCACGGGAGCAGUCUGACGGAGAUGAGUAGUAGCGCCACGUGGACGUUCAAUGCCUUGGACUCAGAAGACAAUACCGCAGAAUCUGAUGCCGGAAGCACAACUGCUCAGGGAGACGUAGGUGAUCGUGAAUCUGGAUCUCACGAUGAGGACCUUCCACCUAUCUACCCUGAGGUUUGGGGCAAGGACGAUGCGACAGGUUUCGAUGGUUCUUCGCCAGGACUUACGCAGCAUGUGGAAGAGAUUGACACCGACGCCGACGACAACGACCGUGUCGAUGAGAUUCGCCURGGUGCACCUUCGUCGUCGCGCUCAGUGUUCGAUGGCGGCCUUGAUUAG